AUGAAAAAACUCGUAAUUCUUUGCCUUGUUGGUGUGACGUUGGCUAUGAGGGAUCAGUCCAUAGCAGUAAAGGGGAAGCUUCGCUGUGGAUCAAAGCCAGCCAGCAACGUUCGAGUAAAGCUUUGGGAAGAGGACGGAGGACCCGACCCGGAUGAUGAACUCGAUGCUGGUUAUACAGAUGGUAACGGCGCCUUCCAUCUAGAAGGAGGCACUGCCGAACUGACACCCAUCGAUCCGGUCUUCAAAGUCUAUCAUGACUGCGAUGAUGGAAUCAAGCCCGGAUCGCGCAAAGUAAAAUUCUAUCUUCCCAAGAGCUAUAUUACCGAAGGCAAGAAGGCGAAGAAAGUUUUUGAUAUUGGAGAAUUGAACUUGGAAACGAUAUUCCCCGGAGAGGAACGUGAGAUGAUCGUUUCGCGAAGGAGACGCGAUCGAGCGUUCCGUGAUUUCCUCUUCGAUGACGACUUCGACGACUAA